ACAACUUGUACUUUAUAAGUACAUAUAUUCAUCAGCAAGAAGAGAGAGAGAGAGAGAGAGAGAGAGAGAGGCCAUGGUCUCCAAGGUGCAGAUGAAGAGAGCGCCAGUAUCCAAGAAACUGCUAACCCUUCGCUCCAUCUCUAAGUCUCAUGCGCACAGUAAAACCUCAAUUAUAUUGGAUGCAUCAAAGUACAUACAAAACUUAAAGCGAAAAGUGGAGGAAAUGAAUCAACAGAUGAUUGCCUCAACGGAAACGUCAACUUCCCAAAACUCCUUCCCUGUGCAACUCAAAGUCGAAGCUGGAGAGAGAGGCUUUCAGAUUAAGAUGUUCACUGAAAAAAGAUGCAGUGGGUUACUUGUUUUCAUAUUGGAAGCUUUUGGAGAGCUAGGCCUUGAUGUGCAUCAAGCUAGGGUUUCUUGUUCCAACAAUUUUCUUCUAGAAGCUGUUGGAACAAUCAAGGAUAAUCCAAGUGCUGACCAGAAAGAUGUUGAGGUAGUGAAAGAAGCGAUGUUGCAAGCCAUUCAAAAUUGGAGUGAAGUUACCCAACAACAAGAACAAUGCAAGGAUUAACUCUUUCAUCCUGAUCAAGUUAAUUACAAGAAUAAUGCAAGUUUUAUGGCAAGCAUAUAUAGGUUGUGGAUUUGCUCAAGCCAUAAAACUAACGAGAAUUUGUAUUUACCUUUUUCUUUUUCUUACCAAAUAAACUAUGGAGAGAUUUUCAAUGACCAGAACACGGGGUGUUAU